GUGCAUUUUCUUAUCACAAUAAUAUUCUUCUUUUUCUACUUGUAUAAUGUGACCUGUGACGCGUGGAAAAUGGAUGAAUUUACUUGAAAAUCCUCUGCUUAUUUUGCAUGAUUGGUGUUCAAUUCGAAGACGUAAAGUGAAGAUACAAUCGAGGAGACAAGGAGGAAAACGAAAAGACAGAAAAGUGGAUGGAGAUUUAACGUUGUCAUUACUUAUGAAGAUGAGAGCACUAGACACAAUCAUGAAUUCAACCUGUGCUUAUUGUACGCUCGAACCACCCCCUGAUAUCCUUCAUAUACCACCGCCACCAUUUCCUGCUAUUCUUCAACAAGGUUCCGAUUUUUACCCAAGUUCUGACAUCCUGCCAUUUCCACCGCAUUUAAAUGACAGUCCCUGCAAGCAUUUCUGCGAUCGGCGCUCCGAAGGAGUUCAAUAUAUAGAAAUGCCUCAACAAGGAACUGUAUUCGAUGACACUUGGCUUCUGAUUCUGAUAUCAUCCUGCGUCGGUGUCAUUUUUAUUGGAGUAGUGCUCGCGACAUUGCUCUUAAAGUGUAAAUUCAAUAGGAAUGGAAAAAGCGGAGUGAUCUCUAUGCCAAAUGCAACUUCUGGAAUGCAGGCAAAAAAUGGCAGGCUCCAGAAUGAGGCAGUACUUUAUCCGUGUACGACCGAUACCAUGCAAGACAGUCGAGUCAUGUGGGCCACUCUCACUCCACGUGGUACUACGAGACAUUAUUUAGAAGAGCACACAUAUGAGACCAUAGGGGGUGGACAGUUCCACAAACGUGCCUGUGCGACUACACCAACCGAACAUGUAAAACUCAAGACAUAUGCCGAUCCACCAGCUAUUACUCCAGUGCAAAAUCGACCAAAGGAUGAUAAAGCUUUCGAUAACACUGCGUUUGUAGAUUAUGAGGAACCUCUAUCCAUCAAGACCGAGUAUUAUCAACUCAACGAUGUUCUAGAGCCAAAUGAAUCUGGCAUACUUACAAUUCAGAGAGGAACUCUCCGUCCACGCGUGAGUUCUCCGACGAGAAUCGAACAUCCGAAUUUACCUCCGUUGAAUCUUCAUCCGCAUAAACGUGCAUCUCGGAAGGGUUCCGGCCCGCAACAUGCUUCAGAUACGCUAUUGAGAAGUAGCAUCACGUCAUCCACUUACGUACCUACCAUAUAAGUAUUUCGUCCUCUUUUUGUUAUAUUAUACCAAUAAGCGAAGUUACACAUUGUGCACCUUUUACAUCUGUUAUAUCAUCGUAUCUAGUCAUUGUAAGCACAUACUGACUGUAUAAGUCAAGUAAAAGACGCGUAGUCGUGAGAAAUUCUUUUUUAUCGAUUGAUAUAAAAUUGUGAUUGUGAUUGUGUAGAUGUAGGUGUAGAUUAAAUAGAAUAAAUAAUGUAUGUUACAUUUGCAUCUUACGAAAUAAAGCAAUGCAUAUAGCAAAA